AUGUUUGAUGAUACAUUUUCACGUAUUGAUUAUUCAUAUUUUAAUCAAAAUGCAAUUGUCUCGCAAUCUACUGGUACUAAUGCUGAUCGCAAUGCUGCAAUAUCUAAUUUAAGUGUCGAAUGGAAUCAUAGUAUUAGUGAAAUUCUUCAAGCACUUAUCAAGCAUGGUCUUCGAAUUGAUAUUCUAAGAGAAUUUGACUAUUCAUCCUAUGAUUGUUUUUCAAAUACUGUAAAGACAGAAGAUGGAUUCUAUCAAAUUAAAGGUUUAGAAAAGAAAAUACCCAUGAUAUAUGCUCUCAAAGCAACAAAAUCAGCUUAA